GAAUGAGUGUGGGUUGGGAGAGCCGUUUGCUUUCAGGAUCAACGACUAUCCAUUCUUCAAACUCGGCGUCAUAAAAAAUUUGCGGCCCAGUUCUGACUAUGAGAACAGUUGCGGCUCGGACUUUAUCCGCUCUCGCCUCGACAAGCCGCAUUUCUUCUGCAAAGCGUGACCUGCAACACCCCAUAGCUCAAAAUUGUUCCCCGCAACCUUUAUCCAUUUCUGCCGCUACGGCAUUGGUAGCUGCAGAGAUUGUGACACUGACUUCAGGGAGAGAUCUCUGUUACCGCACUUUUGAUGCCCCACCGAUGAAGUCGUACAUGGGUAUUCUUGCAUCAUGGACGAUUCGCAAUGUGCCUUGAGCAAAACGGCAGUCGUGAUCUUCUGGAGAUACCCACACGGUUCUUUACUAGCUUGCCAUGCAUGCCAUUAGAUCCGCCAAAGCUUGGCAGUAAGAGCUUGCAGUAAUCGCUUAGAGCUGUUCUUGGCCACUAGUCAUGCUGGUAAUAUCUCUGGUGAG